AUGGCAAGCUCCGACGCAGUCGCGGCCGACGAGAAGCAUAUUUCAACGUCGCCGUCGCAGUUGCACUCGAGUCCAGACGGAGUGGUGGUGAAGGGAGGUGGAGAGCAGGGCGAGGAUGCUGCUGAAGUGGAGGAUCCCGACGAUGUUGUUUACCCCGCGAAGUUACAGCUGGCGCUUUUGACUUUGGGCCUUUGCUUGGCUACGUUCACUGUUGCUUUGGACAACACCAUCAUCGCAACCGCAAUUCCGAAAAUCACGUCCGUGUUCGACUCGCUGAACGAUGUCGGAUGGUACGGCUCAUCCUACCUCUUGACAACCACAGCACUCCAACCCUCAUUCGGCCGCAUCUACACCUACUUCAACGUCAAAUACACCUACAUCAUUGCCCUCAUCAUCUUCGAGCUCGGCUCUAUUCUCUGCGCUGCUGCCAAGAACUCGGUUAUGCUCAUCGUCGGCCGGGCCGUAGCAGGCGCUGGUGCCUCGGCUCUCUUCUCUGGUGGUAUGACGAUAGUAGGCUUCAGCGUUCCGCUGAGCAAACGCCCGAUUUUCAUUGCGACGCUGAGCAGCAUGUUUGGGAUCUCGAGCGUAGUAGGCCCGUUGCUGGGUGGUGUGCUGACGGAUAAGGUGUCUUGGAGGUGGUGCUUUUGGAUAAAUCUCCCGUUUGGGGCAGUGUCCAUAGCUGCAGUCUGGUUCUUCUUCAAGCCUCCACAGCGCAGAGACUCGGGUCUCACGCUCAAGCAGAAGAUUCUUGAGAUUGAUCUCCUAGGCGCCUUGUUCCUGAUCUGCGCCAUUGUCUGCUUACUUCUCGCCUUGCAGUGGGGAGGCACCGAGUACGCGUGGAAGAACUCAAAGGUCUGGGGCUGUCUGCUGGGGUUCGGGCUGUUGAUCAUAGUCUUCAUCGCGCAGCAAUUCCGACGAGGCGAUCGGGCUACGAUCCCGCCAAGAAUAUUCAGGCAGAGAAGCGUGCUGUUCUCGAGUUUGUAUUCGUGCUUUCUGAGCAUGGGACUUUAUGGACAUAUCUACUUCCUCCCCUUCUACUUUCAGGCUGUGAAAGGCACCACAGCUGAGGGAUCCGGUAUUCGCACAAUUCCAUAUCUCGGCUCGAUCAUCCUCUCUUCAAUUGUAGUGGGGGGAGCGAUAACAGCACUUGGCUGGUACAAGCCAUUCAUGAUCUUCGGAAGCGCACUGUUUACAGUUGGGGCUGGGAUGGUGUACACACUGCAAGUCAAUUCUUCUGUAGGGAAAUGGGUUGGCUAUCAACUCCUUGCAGGGUUCGGUGCCGGCUCAGGUGUCCAGAUCCCAUUCAUAGCCGUGCAAGUCGUGCUCUCCCCCAAAGAUAUGCCUACCGGCAACGCCAUCGCCAUCUUCUUCAACUCCCUCGGCGGCGCGAUCGCCAUCUCCAUCGCUCAAAACAUCUUCUCCAACGGCUUGAAGACCAACCUCCCCAUCUACGCACCUUCUGUCGAUCCCGCCACUGUCGUGCGAGCAGGCGCCACGUAUCUCAAGAACGUGGUGACCGCGGACGAGCUACCUGGUGUCUUGCAUGCGUACAUGAUUGCGCUGCAACAGGCGUACGUGAUUCCCAUUGUGGUGGGGGGCAUCGCGACGGUUUGCGCAUGUGGCGUUGAGUGGAGGAAUGUCAAGGGGAAGAAGAUCGUGCCGGCUGCAGCGUGA